GCAAAAGUUUGGAUCGGGUACUGAGGAAAUGCACGACAUUUCCCAUAUACUUUGCCUCUUCUUUGAAUUUUUUGCCUGCUGUAUGACCGAUCAUUCACUAAAUCGAGCAAUGCAUCAUAUGAAAAUUUUGGUUUACGCCUUCUCCUUAUUUUCAAGAACGGUGACGAUCCUUUCAGCCUUCCAGCAAAUUUUUGUCGUAUAUGUGUCGUAUAUGUGUCGUAGCUUUGUCGUAUCAAUAAUGUCAAAUCAGUAGAAUUCAGUCUGGG